GGUCCCUGCUCCUGCACACUCUCAGCUGCUCUGAAGGGGGCCAGGCAGCUCUAGCCAUCAAAACACACCUUCACUCAGCCAUAGGUUUGCAUCUUCAUCUUGCUCUGUCUCCGUUGAUGGUUGGGAAUUAAGCUAUCACCUGUGUCACAAUGGAAAAAAUGAAGAAGAGUGCUGCCCAGAUGGAGAAGCCUGUAAAAACUGAGUGGGGUCCCCGGUGUGUCAUUUUCACCUAUUUUCAAGGGGACAUCAGCAGUGUAGUGGAUGAACACUUCUCCAGAGCUCUGCGCAAUAUCAAGAAACCCCAGGAAUUGAUCCCCUUGAGCCAGAGUAAAGAUAUGGUCCUAAGGAAUGAUUUGGACAUGUCUACAAAUGAGUGGUGUUUCUCUUCUGAAUGGACAAAGCCACAGCCAGAAGUAUCUUUUGCAAAGGGUGUCACCAACUGCAGCAUGAAUGGGUUUGAGCCCAUGGCUAUCACUCAGUACCCUCAGUCCCUGACUGUGAGUCCCUCUAUUGAGCCAGGCCAGCUGUUGCAUUUCUCUUCCCCAGCCAGCACCAGCUCCCCAGAGCCUGAAUACCCUUGUGCCUUCUCCUCGGGGCACUUAGUUUCUCAGGCUGAGCCUGAUGGGGAAUAUCAGUCACUCCUGAAUUUUCCCCAUCAAGAGAGAUGUGUAGCUCAUCCUCAGCAAUCUGCCAUGUGGGAGAAUUGCAACUCUGACCAGGCAACCAGAAGCAUGGGAUCUCCCUUCAGCCAGCCUUUCAACUCAGCCCACUGUACGAAAUAUUUUCCCCCAGCUCAUGGUCCUGCAAGUGUCAACCUUGCCAGUGAUAAAAGCCAGUCUUCAGAGAGAAGAAGAGAUCUGUUCUUUUAUUGA